CUUAACGUUUUGAACUGGUCUCCGGAAGAAAGUAAGGGGAGUUGCCAGGGGACUCGACCCGCCUUAGGAGGCACUAUUUCACCCAGUUUUGGCUCCCGCCUUGCCUGGAUGAUAGGACCGAUAGAUGACAGGGAUCUCUGCCCGCCUAACGAGUGCCUAAAUGGGACACCUUUCGCACGAUGAUGCAAAUGGGUUAUUUAUUGAAAAUAAACCGGAGAGAUUUGACAUGGGGUCUUUCUAGUUCGCUGAGUGCAACUUUCUUAUUUUCACCUAUCCUUCUUUGUCCCCCCCGGUUCUAUACAUUAUACUGGUGACACUUCCCGGUACCGAAAUGCUCAGGCAUACAAAAAUGAUGGCGAUCGGUUGUCCUAUCUGUAAUAGUCCCUACCGUGCCCUGAGCAAGCACCUGCUGAGGAACCAUAGUGUGCGUAAUUUAGUGGAAAGAAGAAUUCUGCUGUUGUUGGCGAAAGGACGGAUAAACAUUAGGCUCCAUCCCUGCAUUAUUGCAGGAUGCGAGUACAACGGGACAAGGCUGGACCGCCACUUGUACAGAAACCAUGUUGAGCUGUCCCGGCAGGAAUUACAUGUGGUUUUAACUAAACUAAAAAUGAAAGUGGCCACAAAGAAGCUUCAUGAACUCAGUUUGACAAACCCCAGAGUAGCAAUGAUUACCUCUUGGGAUGUUGACACUGUGGGUGAUGAUGUCCUGUCACAACCUCCACCCUUGUCCCCAGUGAUUACAUGUGACAACCCGGACUGUAAGGAAUGGAGGAUGGAUGCAAACAGAAUGAAGGCUCAGAGGGACAUAUAUGCUGCUGAGGUGAAAUCCCUGCGCUGCAUGCUGCAGCAGAGGAUUCAACGUAACCGAAAGAGGAUGAACCAGAGGGCCGAGGACCAAGAGCGGGUGUUUCUAAGGAAACGAUCCCGAACGGAGUCAACACCAAAGAGGCUGUCCAAGUCCAAAGGUCCCUCCUGCAGGAAGUCCCCCAUUGCCUCUCACACACCUGUAUCCAGCUCCUCAGAACCUGCAUCCAUAGAUACCGAGGCCUCGUCAUCCUCCCCUCCCAUACAUUCCCCCUGGUUCAGCGGCAGGGGCCGGGGGAAUCGAAUGCGGGACAUUACAUUCCCACGCAUCAUGGAGAAGUAUCUGCAAGGCUACCGGGACCAUUAUGAGGGCAUCGAUCCAACAGUGAGGCUCCAAGAAAACGCAGUCUCCAAAAUAAGCAGAGUCAAAUCAUUCCUAAGCUUCAUGGCACACGGUUUCAAUCGCCUGUCUGACUGGCUCUUUUUGAGGGAUCUGAAGAGGAUACGUGGGUGGUCCCGGAGCCUGAUAAAGUCAAGCCUACAGGUCACGACAUCUGACUUCUAUAUCAAAAAUAUAUCACACUUUCUCAAGUACAUGAAUGAAACACCAUGCAAGGGGAGCAGGCUCAACCAGAAUGACAUGAUUUUAAUCACACGGGAAGUUGCUGCCAUCCUGAAGUCCAUGAGAAAGAAGGUGUUUAUCCACCAGAUGCAGGUGAAGCGGGACAAGAUGGAAGGUCUGCCAAGCCAUAAAGACAUCAUGGCAUGUUUGACUGCGGCCAAAACUCGCAUCCCUCAGCUCCUGGACGUGAUGACCAGCAACCCGACUCACGCAACCCGGAGCCUGCUCUAUGGGUACAUGACCCUCAAUUGGAGCUGCAUUUAUGGGCACCGUCCGGGGGUCUACUCCAACAUGACCAACACGGAGGUCCUAAAGGCGGAGAUAACUGGCACUGCCUUUGGCCACCUCAUCCACGUAAGCAACCACAAGACGGCCAACGCGUUCGGGGAAGCGCAGAUGUAUCUCACCAUAGAAUAAUUUGGAUGGAUGAAAAGGUGGCUGGAAAUCAAGGGGACGCUGACCGGCACCAACAACCGCUACUUCCUCUGCAUAGCGGGGAA